AUGACUUCGAGAGGAUCUUCUGCCACCAUCUCCCUCGGGAGCAGCACGAGCACCACGUCCUACCCCGACUUCCUGCUCUUGACACAGCCCUUGCGGAUCAGCAGCGGGAUCUGUGCCUUCAGCAGCUUGCUGCUGCACUUCGCCUCCCUGGGCACUUCCUUUUGGCUCCUGGAAACGACCCACAAAGGCCUGGCCCACAGCGGUCUCUGGCAGGUCUGCUUGCAUCAAGAAUGUAGGACCUAUUGGUUUACUCUGCUCGCUCCUCACAUCCAUGCUACCCGAGCCUUCCUGGUGAUGGGAUGUUUCUGUGGCCUCCUGUCUCUCCUGUGCGUUUGCAUCUCUUUCGAACGUGACCAGAUAUUCCACACAUCUCUGACGAUCACUGCGGCCGCCUUCAGUUUCAGUGCAGGUUUCCUCAACUUGAUUGCCAUGUCUGUAUUCACAGCCGUCCACAGGAGUUCCCAAGCUUACAGCCAUUUUCUUCUCCUUUUCGGUUCGUCCUAUGGGCUUGGUUGGGCAUCUGUUCCUAUGUAUUCCAUAACUGGUAUGCUGCUAUUGCUGACACACCACAUGACCAUCUCUUAA